UGUUGUCAUCGUCAACGGGUGUCUCUCAUCUCUCGAUCUACAGUCCAUUUUUUCUGCAGUCUCUCACAUCAGCUCCAGCCAUGACAUCUAAAGGUGCCAAAGAGACCAUUGUGUCCAAGUUGGGCUUCAAAUCAAGCAGUUCUUCCUCCAAAGUUGAAGCAGAGUUGGAUCGUAUGAAAAAGGAAAACGCUCACCUCAAAAAAAAGAUUGAUGAACUCGCCAAACGACACAUCCGACCACCUGACUCGGAUAAAAGCAAGUUGCUGGAGAGGAUCCUUUCUCUGGAGACACUACGGGAGAGAAAUAACCAGCAGUUGUUGGUCAAAGAGCAGGAACUUGAAACUUUGAGACAGCAGCUGACAGCUCGAGGAGGAGAGGUGGUGGCUUCACUGCAGGCCCAGCUGGAGCAGAGGAGGAAGGAGGCUGAGCAGAGAGAUGCCUUGUUCCAGAGUGUUUCACAGGAGACGGAGAACCUCAAAAACAAGCUGGCCUCAGUUUCCGCACACUGCCAGUCCCUGGAAACACAGCUGGUAAAUGGAAAACAGGCGCCUCCCGCAGAAGUGGCGUUGGUGCAAGAACAACUGAAAGAUGCUCUUGAGAAGAACCAGCAGUGGUUGGUGUACGACCAGCAGAGAGAGGCCUAUGUGCAGUCAGUGCUGGCCCGCACUCGAGAGCUGGAGCAGCAGCUGGCCAAACAGCAACAAGCUACGCCAGAACCAAUCUCAGAGGCUGGUCAAGCAAAGGAUGAUGAUCAGAAGAUGCACUCAGAGCAGAUGCUGGCAGCGGUGCAGAAAGAUUUAGAGACACAGAAAAAUGAGGUCUCCAGGAGUCGACUUGAACUGCAGCUUCAGAAGGAACAGAACUCAAAGGCCCAAGCUGAAGUGGAGUCUCAAAAGCUGCAGGUUUCUCGGCUCCAAAGCCAGAUCGCAGCUUUGCAGAGCAGCUACGAGAUCAAAUGUACCGAGAUGUCAUCACUGCAAAGGAAGUAUGAAGUCAAGAACAGAGAGCUGGGGGAGGCCAGAGAGGAGCUGCAGGGGGAGAAGCUCAGGAACAGGCAUACAGUGAAUGAGGAAAGAAAAGUGUCCUCCGAGCUGACAGACCGAAUGAGGAUUGAACUGGAGACGACAGACAUGAGACUCGAGGAAGAGAGAAAGAGAUCGGCUGAGCUUCUUCUACAGGUCAAUAUGCUGCAGAAAUCUCUCUUGAGCCAAAAAGAAGAGCAAGUGAGAAUUGCUGCUUUGGAACAGCAGAUCCAACUGUCUGCUAAAGAGUUUGAGAAUGAAAAGAUUGAUCGGCAGAGCAUGCAGCACCAGUUACACAAGGUGCUGAAGGAGCUGCGGAAGGCUCGUGACCAGAUUGCUAAACUGGAGUCUGCGAAACCAUGCAAUGCUCGAUUCUCCGAGCCGUCCUCUUGUAACCGUUUUGAGCGGCUCACCAUCGAUGACCCAGUAGGACCCACCUCUCCAUCUAAAGUCACCUGCCUGCUGGACGAGAGCUUCCUGGAGUGCCCCAAAUGCCACACCCCCUACCCCACCAGCCGCCACCGCGAGCUGCUGGCUCACAUCGACUACUGCAUGGCCUGAAACUGCAACAUGGGACCUGAUUCAGCACUGGUAGAGAUCAAGAAAACAAACCAAAACAUCCCAAUUUGUGAUUCGGUGUUACUCUCUGAGCUACUCAAAUGUUUUAAUUUUUAAACUUUUAAUUAUGUGGAAACAAUUGGUAUUUUGGUAAUAUUUAAGUUGCUCAGUUGGGUUGAUUAGUGAAAAUGAUAUUAGAAAAGCAACACAAACUUCCAUGUUUUAAAAGCUCUUGGUAAAGCUUUGUAUAUUGUAUCUUCUAUGUAUUUAUUUUGGGUGUAAACUGCUGUUUAUUUUUUUAUUUUUAAUCAUAUUUUGGUAAAAGAGCUUUAAUUUUUUUUUUUUUUUUUUUUUUUUUUUUUAAUGUUUACUCUUAUGCAUUGAAGUGUUAUUAUUAUGUAAGCAUCACUCCACAUUUUAAUGCAAACAUCACUGAUCAAUCAUUAUUUAUUCAAAGAAGGGAACAUUAUGCAACCUUGUGUCUAAAUCAUGAACAAACUAUUGGAUAUAUUUUGUGUUUGACCAUUAUAUUUAUGUUGCUUUAGCUUAUGCUCAGAUCCCACAUGCGUUGCCACCUUGACUUUUCAAGCUUGCUUCCCGCCCGGUAAAGCUGGAAUGAGAUUGCAUUGAGUUAAUUCCGCGUACUAAACUAUUUAAAGGAGGGGAUUAGUAAAGGUCUCGGCGAAGGAGAAAGGAGGCUAAAGUACCUGUAUUCUACAAGGCAAAUGAAGUAGAUUUACGUUUCUAAAUUGUGUUUUUACAAUGUUA